AUGGAUAAAGGAGGAGGGUUGGGCGUAGGGCUAGUCCCUCUACCCCGUAAAACAUCUCUGACUACAGAAACCAAAAGCAUAUACGGCCAAAUUCUCUUGGCGGAAGCAAUGACUUGUGAAAUUCCAAAUGACAGUUAUCUAACCUGGAAUGAGGAAAUCACGCCUAUGAAGUGUCGAAGGGAAAGCCAUUUGGAGCCUUCGAUGCGGAAGAAGUCAUUGAUGAAACCUAAACACAAGUUACGAAUUGGUGCUUGGAAUGUAAGAACUAUGUACCAAUGUGGAAAAAGUAGACAGGUAUCAAUGGAAAUGGAUAGAUACCAAUUGGAUAUCUUGGGAAUAUCAGAACUUAGAUGGACAGGUUUUGGCAAGAUUAAAACUGGAAGUGAACAAAUCAUUUUGUACUCAGGAGCUGAAGAAAAGCACGAAAGAGGCGUGGCGCUAAUCAUUAAUAAAGAAACAGCGAAGAGUCUUUUGGAAUGGGAACCAAUCAGUGAAAGAAUUUUAAGAGCACGAUUUUAUUCAAAAUAUAUUAAACUAUCAAUUAUUCAAGUUUAUCUAACCUGGAAUGAGGAAAUCACGCCUAUGAAGUGUCGAAGGGAAAGCCAUUUGGAGCCUUCGAUGCGGAAGAAGUCAUUGGUGAAACCUAAACACAAGUUACGAAUUGGUGCUUGGAAUGUAAGAACUAUGUACCAAUGUGGAAAAAGUAGACAGGUAUCAAUGGAAAUGGAUAGAUACCAAUUGGAUAUCUUGGGAAUAUCAGAACUUAGAUGGACAGGUUUUGGCAAGAUUAAAACUGGAAGUGAACAAAUCAUUUUGUACUCAGGAGCUGAAGAAAAGCACGAAAGAGGCGUGGCGCUAAUCAUUAAUAAAGAAACAGCGAAGAGUCUUUUGGAAUGGGAACCAAUCAGUGAAAGAAUUUUAAGAGCACGAUUUUAUUCAAAAUAUAUUAAACUAUCAAUUAUUCAAGUGUAUGCACCAACGAAUGAUGCUGAUGAGGAGGAAAAGGAGACAUUUUAUGAUCAACUACAAUGUGUUUUAAAUCGAGUUCCAAAACAUGACAUGAUAAUUCUUAUGGGAGACCUUAAUGCUAAGGUUGGAAAACGGAUUAGUGAUGAUGAAACCUCCAUGGGAAACGAAUCACCGGGUGAGAGGAACGAAAAUGGAGAACUGUUUGUUUCCCUGUGCGAACUAAAUAGUUUAAACAUAGGUGGGAGUAGAUUCAAGCAUAGAGAGAUACAUAAAUGUACAUGGACCUCACCAGACGGAAGAACAAAGAAUCAAAUAGAUCAUAUUGCAAUUAAUAACAAGUUCAGGAGCUCACUAAGAGACGUAAGAGCGAUGAGAGGUGCCGACGUUGGAUCAGAUCACUACUUGAUUCUUGCAAUAUUAAAACUAAAAUUAAGAAAAUCACCAAAGAAGACGGGACAUAAAAGAAUAAGCUAUGACAUUGCUAAGUUAAAAGCCAAAGAGUGCAGACAAGAAUUUUCAAUCGAGUUGAAAAACAGAUUUGAGCUGUUAAAGGAAGAAGAAAAUCAUGGCAACACUAAGCAAUCAGAAAAUGAGGUAAAAGAAAAAGUUGAAGAGACUUGGGAACAUAUCAAAAACAUUUAUUGCGACGUAGCAGAAAAAGUGUUGGGUGAAAAGAAAGGAAAGAAAAGCAAAGAAUGGAUUACGGGUGAAACAUUAAUACUAAUUGAAAGCAGAAGGAAAAAGAAAAUACAGAUGGAAACUACAAAGUCUGAAAGAUUAUUUAAUCGGUAUAGACAGCAGUAUAGUCAAAUUGAUAGAGAAGUAAAAAAGUCAGCCAGAAAAGACAAAAGGAAAUAUUUCACAGACCUUGCCAAUGAGGCUCAAGAUGCAGCGCAAAAAGGACAAAUAAGUACUUUCUAUCAGAAAGUGAAACAAAUAAAAGGAAAUAAACGAAAUUCGCAAUGUGCAGUACGAGACAAAAACAAUAAGUUACUUACUACGGAUAAGAGGAUCGAAGAAAGAUGGAGAGAAUAUUUUGAAGAUACGCUUAACGCACACCAUGUUGAAAAUUCUGAGCAACUCCCAAAUGUUACAUUAAAUGUAGCAUCUACUGUAGAUUUUUCUUUGGAAGAUAUCUCGCUGGAUGAGGUACAGAGUGCCCUGAGGGCCACAAAACCAAAGAAGGCUGCAGGGAGAGACGGAAUCGUGGCAGAGAUGCUUAAGGCAGAUUUUGAAACCGCUACAAGACAGUUGCAAAAGCUCUUCAAUGAAAUCUGGAGAAAUGAAAGAAUACCAGAACAAUGGAAAGAAGCAAACUGGAUUCAAGGAUUUAUUGUUUCCAUGCCGCAAGUACUAUGUGUUGAUACUUGA